ACUUUCUCUUCGUCGCUCUCUCGCUUUGUCAGUCGCAUGUCCUCCCCGAAUAUCCUCACGCGCGCCAUCACAUACAUCCCUUUCGUCCUCUCUCUCUCUCUCAAACACACACACACCUACUCUUCCUCACCAACACAAACACUCUCACACGGCAGCGAUCGAACACAACCUCGCUCCAAGCACAUCAUCCUUCCGCUCGCGACAUCAUCGAAUAGCAACAGACGACACCCGUCCCACCACCGCCGUAAUGGCCGCCAACAACGAAAAGGUCGACUUCCUGACCCCGGCCGCGCUCGAGGACGGUCGUGGAAACGGGCACAUCGACAAGGCCUCCACCAAUGGAACCACCACUCCCAACACCACCCACAAACACGUCCACCACCAUCACCACCACAACCCGCUGAAGAAGUCCAAGAACGCCAUGCACAUCGCCCGCGAGAAGCGCCGGAAACGCGAGGAGAAGCGCAUCAAGGACAAACUCCCUUCGGCCAUGUACAACGACGAACAUGACCUCGGCGUCCUCCGCAAGCGUCUGACCCUGAAGAACGAGAUCGUCGCCGCGGCCGCCGAGUUCUGCGGCACCUUCCUCUUCCUGUUCUUCUCCUACGGCAUUGCGACGCAGGCCGGUCAGCAGAACCUGUCCGCCAGUUCCAGUGAACAGACGCAAUCAAAUACGAGAGGCUCCCUGGAUACGAGCCAACUGUUGUAUUCGUCCUUGGGUUUCGGCUUCUCGCUGGCCGUCAACGCUUGGGUCUUCUUCCGUGUUUCUGGUGGUCUCUUCAACCCCGCCGUCACCCUCGGCCUCUUCCUCUGCGGCGCUCUGACUUGGUACCGAUCUGCCAUCCUCUUCGUCGUUCAGUUCAUUGCUGCCAUCGCUGCGGCCGGCAUCGCGCAACUCGUCAUCCCUGGUGGCAUCAACGCCCGGACGAAGUUGGGUACUGGGACUGGCAUCGCACAAGGAUGGUUCAUUGAGAUGUUCUGUACCGCCAUGCUCAUGAUGGCCAUUUACAUGCUUGCGGGUGAGAAGCACAAGGCGACUUUCCUUGCGCCCGUCGGAAUCGGUCUUGCGCUGUUCAUGUGUGAAAUGUUCGCGACCGGUCUCACCGGUGGCAGUUUGAACCCUGCCCGUACCCUCGGUCCCGAUGUUAUCGCCGCCACCUUCGACGGCACCACCUGGAUCUACUACACCGCGCCCUUCGUCGGCGUCUGCCUCUCCGGAGGAAUCUACUGGCUGCUCAAGGUCAGCCGCUACGAGACCGCCAACGAAGGCCAGGACGGCGACGAGACCGAACAGGCCCUCGUCCUCCGCGACACCAAGGGCAACAUCACCGGCGCCGUCGAGCGGGUCGACAUGGACCGCGCCCCGGACCUCGUCCCGGCACUCGCCAGCCAAGUCAGUCGCGGCCCCAGCGUGACCUCGCUCAGCGCGCCCCCAGUCCCCGAAAUCCCCACCAACGCGCCCCCGGCCGUCGCUGCCGCCGCCGCCGCCGACGGCUCACACGUCUCCCAGCCGGGCAUCACCAACGAGGACGGCAACAAGAUCUCCACCGCGCCCACGGGCUUCGCCCGCCAGAACGACACCGACCAGCGGGACUUCUCGCCCGCCGCCCUGUCCCCCGUGACGUCCGACGCGCGCCCGGGCUCGGCGACGUCGCCCGCCAGCGUCAAGGACCUCGGCUUCCCCGCGCGAAGCGGGAAUGAAAUCGAGUAAGCGAGCCCGUCGCUGUUGUCGUUGCUGCUGUUGUUGCUGUUGCUGUCGUCAUCCUAUCCCCGGGGCCGGGGCCGGGUCAUCAUUUGCGCGAGCGGUUUGAGCGGCUUUGCUGUGGCGUUUCCAUCAUCCUCGGCGCCGAAGGCGAGAAAUAGAGAGAGAGAGAGAGCUGGGAAAGCGCCUCUCGACAUGUUUUUUUUU